AUGCAGCUCACCAGGCUCCUGUCACUGUCUACCCUCACCUUGGGGAUAUGCGCCGUCCCUUCGGUUCGCGGGGACGCGAACUUUGCGCAGGUACGGACUAGGCUACACAGAGACAUGAGCGCAAGAGACUACGACCCGCCCGAGAAAUACUUUCACGAGUCUCUCUUUCAUCCUCACUACGACGGCCGCUUUGCCGAAAAGGCCCUCCCCUAUCAUGAGCAGAAGGCUGCCCUGAAGAACCUCCUGCAGACAUACCUGGCCACCUUCUCGGACCUCGGUGUCGAGACGUGGCUGAUGCACGGCUCGCUGCUUGGUUGGUGGUGGGGCAAGAAGAUCCUGCCCUGGGACACAGACGCCGAUGUCCAGGUGUCCGAGGCUGCGAUACAUUAUUUAGGAUUUUACUAUAACAUGAGUGUCUUCCAUUACAGGACGCCGCGCAUUCCCGAGGGUCGAGACUACAUGCUGGAGGUAAAUCCGAACUACGUCAACCGAGAGCAGACGGACAAGCUCAAUGUAAUCGACGCACGGUGGAUCGAUACGACAAGUGGCCUUUUCAUCGACAUUACUACUGUCAGGUACAACCUGACGCAUCCUGAAGGCGACGGUAUCCUCUCAUGCAAAGAUGGCCAUGAAUUCAGGGAUACCUUUCUCUUCCCUCUGCGCACCACAACAUUCGAGGGAUCCCCUGCCAAGAUCCCGUUCAUGUACAAGGAGAUGCUCGAGUCCGAGUAUGGCACUCGUUCUCUCGUGAACACGGUGUUUGAGGGCCAUAAGUUCAGCGAUGAAAAAAUGGAGUGGCUACCAAACAUGAUCGAGGGCGAACUAUGA